UUGGUUGGGAGUUUCUUGAUUCGGGUGUUUGAAAGGUUGAAUGACUUGAAUCUUUGGGUUAUACUUUUGCUGGAAUUUUGUUUUUUGGGAUCUGAUUUGUUCCGCACAUUGAAUCACUGUCAAUGGCCGCCUUGGUUGAUGAGCAUUUCAAUGUGGAAGUAGAGAAUGGAGUGAAGUUUGGGGGGUGUGUUGAGCUUGGCGUUGAGGAGGGAGGCGAGAAUUGUGGCAUUGAGGAUUCUGUGAGAGCCCUUUUGCAGUGUUUGGGUGAAGAUAUCAACAGAGAAGGGCUCCGCAAAACUCCUUUCCGGGUGGCCAAGGCUCUCCGAGAAGGGACCAGAGGAUACAAACAAAAGGUAAAUGAUAUCAUUGAUGGAGCCUUAUUCCCAGAAGCCGGGUUGGAAAGUGGGAUUGGUCAGGCUGGUGGUGCAGGCGGGAUUGUUAUUGUUCGUGAUCUUGAUCUCUUCUCGUACUGUGAAUCUUGCCUGCUUCCUUUCCAAGUGAAGUGUCAUGUAGGCUACGUUCCGGCUGGGCAGCGGGUUGUAGGGCUAAGCAAGCUGUCCCGUGUGGCUGAUAUUUUCGCGAAAAGACUUCAGGACCCCCAGCGCCUUGCUGAUGAAGUGUGCGCCGCUUUACAGCAGGGAAUCGAGCCAAGAGGCGUCGCUCUUGUUCUGCAGUGUUGGCAUCUAAACGUUGAGUCGGCCUUUCUUGACACGAAUCGCCAAGGAUGGGUUAAGAGUUUGGUUGCCUCGGGCUCGGGGGUUUUCGAGGAUGAGAAAGCUGAUAUUUGGUCGGACUUUAUAAGUCUACUGAAAUUCAGAGGUAUUGAUAUGGGAAGUCGCACUGACCAAUCUUGGUGCCCGUCUCAGCUUUCCUGCCACGUACCAAAUUCGACUAUGACAAACGCGGUGGUUUCGAUUCUUCGGUCUCUAGGCGAAGACCCGUCGAGAAAAGAGCUCAUUGGGACCCCAUCUCGUUUCGUGAAGUGGUUCAUGAAUUUCAAAAACUCCAAUUCGGAGAUGAAACCGAAUGGAUUCGUUAGAGCUAGGAUAGACCCGUUGGGUUCUAAUGGCGAGGUUGGCCCCGAAGAACUCUCCUCUGAAGUGAACUUGCCAUUCUGGUCCUAAUGCGAGCACCAUUUACUUCCUUUUCAUGGGGUUGUGCACAUAGGGUACUACUCCCCAAAAGGCGGCAAUCCAAUCGGGACAUCCCUAUUGCAAUCUAUAGUACACUUUUACGGUUUCAAGCUUCAGGUUCAGGAAAGGCUCACGAAGCAGAUAGCCGAGACUGUUGCGUCUGUCGUGGGCGAGGAUGUUAUGGUAGUCGUCGAAGCCAACCACACGUGCAUGAUAUCGAGAGGGAUUGAGAAGUUUGGUAGUAAUACCGCUACAAUUGCUGUUUUGGGACGAUUUUCCAGAGACCAUGCUUCGAGGGCGAAAUUGUUGCAGAGCAUUCCAAAUUAUUGUUGUGCAGGGAGAUGAUAAUAAUUGAUUGGGUUAUAGGAAGGAAUACACAGGUUCAGUUUUGGCAGGAAAGAUAAGAUUAGACACAAGAUAUAGUAGCAAGGAUGAGCAGUUGAAUAAAUAUUGGCUUUGUUAUUUUCAUACUAGAAAAAGAUGUCAUAAUGCUAAAAUGGCUCAAAGAACCUUUCUGCAUUUUAGUAUUCCUUUCUGGGAAAUAUUGUUAAGUACUACGACAUACAAUUGAAGUUGUCAUGGAUGG